UUAAAUAUAUCGAAUGAACUAUAGCGGAAAGUAAUACUUGUGGUAUCUGUCCACGUCAGUAUAUAACUUUUGUAACGUAACCUCAAAAUUUAUAAUCCGGUAUUUGAUCUUGCCAAUGAGCAAGAUUUUUGCGUACAUGUCAAUUUUAUAUAUUGUGUAACAUAAACAAGAAUAUUGCAAUAUGAAUUGGACAUUGUGCCUUUUUAUAAUCGGAUGUUUUUGUUGUAAAUAUUUAUAUGCUCAACAACAAAGAAUUCCACCAGGUGUAUCACCCCAACAUUAUCAACAACCUCAAUUUCAACAAGUACAUCAGGUACCACAACAAAUUCCUCAACAACAGUUCCAGCAAAUGCCAGGACAGGUACCUAUGCAACAAGUUCCUGUUCAACAAGUACCUGUACAACAACAGCAUAUUCCAACUCAUCAGGUACCAAUUCAACAAGAACAUGGACAAGCAAUACUCAAUGCUGCUAAUAUAGUGCAUGAAAAAGCUCAUAUUGCAGAACACAUGGAAGUUCCAAUAGAUACUAGUAAAAUGACAGAACAAGAACUACAGUUUCAUUAUUUUAAAAUGCAUGAUGCAGAUAAUAAUAAUAAGUUAGAUGGUUGUGAACUUAUAAAGUCUUUAAUCCAUUGGCAUGAACAAGAGAAGAAAGAAAUAGGUGGAGUCAAUACUGGACCAAAAUUAUUUAAGGAUGAGGAAUUGGUUACUUUAAUAGAUCCAAUACUGUCUUUGGAUGAUACAAAUAAUGAUGGAUAUAUUGAUUAUCCUGAAUUUAUACAAGCACAGAAAAAUGCAGGAGCUACUGGUCGACAGUAAUUGCAUUCAAUAAUACAAUGUUCAAUAUUAUUAAAUAAUAUUUUUAUUUCAUUUUAAACAAACAUACAGUCCCACUUAUAAACAUUAUCAUAAUUUUCACUUGUUGUCAUUGCAGUAUCAAUAAUGAUACAAACUUCUAUUUUUUUAUAUUAUAAUUGAAAUUAUUUCUAUUCUGUUAAUAUUUUUUCAAUUGUACAAUAUUCAUAUCUAAGUAAAUAUUAUUUUUUUUAUAUACAAAUUGAACUAUUAAUUAAAAUUAUUAUUCAGACAUACAUGAAUAUAAUAAAUAAAAAUAAUUUAUAAUUAAUAUAUUAUAAAUUAAAAUUAAUUGAUUUUUUAAUAAAACAAGACUGUCUUUUUUACUGAAAAAUGAUUAUUUUGUUUGAUAAAAAUAUAUAUAAAAAAAAUAUAUAUUUUGAAAGAUUAAUUACUAAUUUUAAAAUUAUAAUGUAAAAGAAUUUUAAGAAUUAUUUUCUUUAAUAAAUGCAAAAUUUUUUCAAUCUACUAGUUAGCUGAUUAUUUUAAUAUUAUUGAAAAUAGUUAUAAUAUAAUAGGAAAAAUGUUAGUAAUUUAAGUUCUUCCAUUUUUUUUUAAAAUAUUUUAUACACAUUAUGAAUUUAAUUAAUUUAAUUAAAUAAUAUUAUAGUAUUUAAAAAUAUGAUUUGAAAAUUUUAGACGCGUAUAUAGAAUUAUAAUAAUAUAAUAAUUUUUAUAUUUGCAUUAUAUCUAAUAAUGUAGAUUAAUCGAAUUUAUGUGUAUGUAUAUAUAUAUAUACAUAUAUAUAUAUAUGUAUUCCUUUUUAGAAAUACAAAAAAAUUUAAAUUUUUAUGGAGAUAAACAAUUAAAUUAAAAUAUAAAAAACAACAAAAUAACAAUUUUUUUAGAAUAAAUAGUUAUUAUAAUCUUGAAAACAUUGAUUUUAUUAUUGAGAAUAAUUAUGUACCUUAUGUAUUAUAUGGCUGUAAAAGUUAUGUAUAAAUAUAAUUUUGUUACAAGUU